CGCUUACAUCCAUUUGAGAUGACAUCGACUUUCACACACUGCUGUGCUUUCACCGGCGAGAUAAGUAAUAUUUCUUAUGCGGGCGAAUUUUCCCGCCCUUGCCAAGCCAGCUCGACGCAGCUAUGUUGGCUGUUCGAAGAUGCUGCUAUUUGGAAUAAAGUCAUCAACCGAUUCGGUUAUGAGUUGUGGGAAAAGCAGACCGGUAUGCUCUGCCUCCGAACUAUACCACAUACCAGAGAACCUUCGUAUGACCAACUCGCCGCAGUUGGUAACGCUUCGCCCACUUUAUCUGCUCUCCUUGAAUGGCACUCCUGUAUCGAUGAGGUAAACUUCACUUACAACACCCCAUCACGGAUCUAUAACCUCGCGAUAAAACCUGAAAAGCUCAUACGUCUUGGCCGUUCUGUUCGCCACGUGAAAGUUUCGUUGCGUUCCAGUGAGUCGUGCAGUCCUUUCCGAGUUGUCGACCGUUUGUUCUUUGGCGACUCUGGAAACUCUUGUUUUCGAAGGCUUCGACAUCUCUAGUGAUGCGGGCUCUAAGAUAGCGUCGACGUUGUCUCGCAAUGCACACACAUUGAGGAAAGUGGUAAUUAAGUGUGCACGAAUGUCGCCAGAAAGUAGCGAUCUGCUGUGGCGCAGCCUGCAAGGAUGUGUUCGUCUAAAGUCAGCUUCGCUGUCAUAUACAUGCUUUCCCGGAAACGUGGAUGAAUUUGUCUGUUUUGUGCAGUCGUCGCAAACAUUACAACAAGUGAUGGUUCCAAUCCUGACACGCGCAAGAGAUGUGACUCAAGUAGUUAGGGCGCUGUGGAUGAGCACAUCUCUGCAAGAAGUAUACAUCUGUGAUGCAUCGAUUUUGACAAUGGCACCAGUAUUCACAGCACUUCGAUUCCACUCUAGAAUUAAAUUCUUGCAUUUAGUCAGGUAUACCAUCUUUAGAAUUCAGGGAACUUCUGUGGCAUCGAUGCUCCGCUCGAACAAAGUACUUCAGACACUAAUUAUAGAACGUGGUUCCCUAUCUAUAUGUGGUGCUGAGGAGCUUGCAAGAGGUAUAAGGGACAACUCAACACUACAGUGCUUAGAGUUUCUGUCAUCGAGCUUAAGUGCAGCUGCCAUUUGCUGUCUCUGCAAAGCACUUGAUCAUAACAAGACCCUGAAGAGGCUGAAGUUCGACAAAUGUUAUGCAUCGAACAGCGAAAGGGCAAGCUUGGCAGCUGUGCUAGAGAGCAGCAGUUCCUACGAUCGUGUGCUAAUCCCACUUGUGGAUGCCGACAUGAAGAGCAUUUUGUCACAUCAUACCAAGGCCCAGCUCUUUCUCACGGAACUCAGCCUAGACAACAUCUGUGACAUUUCUUCAGUUCUUCUCAAAGAACUCUGUGAGAUCCUAGCCAUAAGCUUUACGGUGAAGACUCUAAAGGUGUGUUACGGAGGCCAUAAGCAAGAUAAGAUAGACCUGUUUUCAGCAAUGCUGAAAGACAACAGAUCUAUCACAUCUUUGGAGAUUUCCCUGCACUCACAUCUCGGCUGCUUUCAUCUAGCAGAAAAGGUUACUGCAGCACUUAUACACAACACGACUCUGCAGGAACUCGAUGUUUGCUUUGCAUGUAAAUGUUUCUCUCCUUUGACAGCCAAAUUUUUCUGCGACAUGCUUUCUAAAAAUCAAGCUUUGUGUAAGGUCUUUAUAAAGAUAUUUCACCAGCUGUCCAGUGAAAGCCUGGAACUGCUUUCAACUGGAGUACAGCACAGUAAGGUGCUUUUGGAAUUCGGCACAGGAGAGGUAAAGAUUCCUCUUAGUUGCAUUACCUACCCUAUGUUCAGAACCUUGCAGCAGAACAACGGCCGACUGAAUAAAGCAAUCAUGUUUGUUCAGCAUAGCAGAAACAGGCAGUGUGCUAUAGCUUUUGAGUACCUUUGCAAAAGUCUCACUUUGUCUAUUAUGUGGCAAAGGCGACAGGACAAAGCAUGUCAGAGGCCACUCAGAACAUUAGGUCCGCUCAGCACUAUCUUUUUGACAACUACUUUGUCAUAGCAGGAAUCGUGAGACAUUCCGUUCAGUGUUAUCCUGGCCAAGGAACCCAGAUUGAUGCUUUGAAUGCAGAUAUUUGGCGUGUCAUUGCUCAGUAUGUCAAACUGUCAGAUAUUUAUGUGUGAGGACAUGUGGCAUAGCAUUGUACUAUAUACUUCUUGUGGCUGUUUUUUCAUAAUUUGUCUGCUUUUUGUAUGCAGCAACUUUGUUUCUGCGAGUCAUGUCAUCUGCAUGUGCGCUUGAGUCACUCGUGAACUAUUAUUGUAUAUGCUACAUUUCCUUGUCAAAUGGUCAACAAGGUAUCAGGGGCAGCAGCUUGUUUUAAACGGGUGGAUAAGUGGUUGUGUGAACAGCCACUGGUGGUAUUGCAAACCGCUCCCAAGGGUGUUCCUUUGUUCAACAAGUCAUUAUUGCUGUAUUGUAAAGUAGCAUGUCAGCAGUUGUUAACCAGUCUCAAGAAUAUCAUUUAGAUUUGACUGUAUGUGGUAUCGAAAUCAGCCUACUGAUAAUAAAGUCCAUUUCACACUUGGUGGUAAGGUUACCUUUAAUGGAAAUGUGUGAUAAUCAUUUGGCAUGCACUGGACUGAUACCAUGUCGACAUGUACUUAAUGAAUAUUAGUAAAGCAAAUGAAACACACAAUGGCAGACAUGACAGUGCCCUAAUGUCUUCUUUAGCAUUGUUUUAUCAUGUUAUAAUUCUUGGAAUGCUAUACCUGAGCAACUACCACAGUCUUAUACUGUGCCACAACAUGUGAAGUAGUCUACUUCAAUACGAAACUGCAAAAGGCUAGGUGUUUUGCUGAUACAUUAGUGAGUGUUGGCUAGUUUGCUGUACAGGCAGGGUCAAUAAUUCACAGGCCAUUAUCCCAUGUAUUUCUACCGAAGUGUGGCCUGUGAACUUUCGACCAGCCCGGUACAGUUUUGUCCUGUGUUGAAAAGAACGCUUGAGCUCCCUGCUGUGUCUUGACUCAUGGAAAGUGAACCUGCUGUGAUAGCUUAACAGACAAGGUGACGUGCUGCCAAACUCAGGGGUGCAGGUUUGAUACCCAGCUGUAGCUGCCGUGUCUCAGGAGAGAAAAAAUGCAAUAGCACCUGUGGACAUAUAAGUGCAUGUUAAAUGAAUGCCAUGCAAUCAGUGUUAACGCAAAGCCCCAACCACAGCGCAGUUCUGGCACGGCAAAAUUUAACACUAUGGGCAGUGGGCGAUUUCCUAAUCCCAGACUUCAAAGCAGAAGACGUGCUACGUCCUUUCACCACACUUGCGCAGUGGCAUGUUGCAUCAGGUAGUGCCAACACCUAGAGCAUUAGCGAUUCUGUACAUGUAAAACGUCUUCUCAAAUGUCUGUGUGUGCUUUAUCAUAUGGCUGCUGCAGUUGACUUGGGUUGCAUGGCAGAGCGUUAGUUCAUUUGGAGCACAGCUGAUGAAAUCGGUACCAUUGACUCGACAGUUAUUCUGAAAUUGUUAGAAGUGACAAGAAGGAAAUUAUGACAAUAAAAAGUCCUCAAAUCGAG